AUGGCCGGCAACAACCAAGGAGGGAGCGGCGGUGCCCAUUCCCAACCCUCACUGCCCGCCUUGCCAGCGCAUCUCCAGUCCGACACGCAUCUCACCGCACAUCUCGCCAGCCGGUUCCAUGUAUCUCUGCCAACCGCCCAGCUAUCCUCCCACGCCUUAAUAUGCCUGAACACCUAUUCUACCUCAACCAAGGGUCCGGAUGGGGGAAAGGAGGGAAGUGCCAUGGGAGGCGCGGAGGACUUGGCCGAGAGAGCAUACACGCGACUGGGAGCCCGCUCGGAAAACCAGGCCGUUGUUUUCCUGGGAGAGUCCGGGUCAGGUAAAACCACCGUUCGGUCUCAUCUGCUCUCUGCCCUCUUGAGCAAAUCAUCCACCCCGCUUUCGACGAAGCUCUCACUCGCUGCCUAUGUUUUCGACACCCUGACGACCACGAAAACCGCUACGACCCCCACGGCGUCCAAGUCGGGUCUUUUCUUCGAGCUCCAGUACGACACCUCCUCGACCGUCAACCCAACCCUUCUGGGAGGAAAACUGCUCGACCACAGGCUGGAGCGGAGCCGAGUCGCCUCGGUUCCGACCGGAGAGCGUAGUUUCCAUGUCUUGUACUACCUCCUGGCCGGAACCAGUGCGGCCGAGAAAUCCCAUCUCGGACUCGAUACCAACGGGGGCUUCUCGGGUGUGGUCCAUCCGCCUCACUCCGGGAACAACAGACACUCGCUUGGCUCCCAGCAGAAGAGAUGGCGCUACCUCGGCCACCCAACGCAACUGAAGGUGGGGAUCAAUGAUGCGGAAGGAUUCCAACUCUUCAAAACCGCUCUCCGGAAGCUCGAAUUCCCUCGGAGUGAGAUUGCCGAGAUAUGUCAGGUCAUGGCCAGCAUUCUCCACAUUGGACAGCUGGAAUUCGAAACCACCGAGGCAACCACCAGUGCGGGGGACGACAGUGGUGGCUUCUCUCACGAAGGAGGACAACUCGUGACCGUGGUGAAGAAUAAGGAAGUGCUCGGCAUCAUUGCUGCAUUCCUAGGUGUCAGUGCCGCGGACCUGCAGGCGACUCUGGGGUACAAGACCAAGAUCCUUCACCGGGAGCGCGUAACGGUCAUGCUGGACCCCAAGGGGGCGAGGAGUAACGCCGACGAGCUUGCUCGGACCCUGUACUCGCUCUUGGUAGCCUAUGUGAUCGAAACCAUCAACCAGAGAGUAUGUGCGGUCGAAGAUACAGUCGCCAACACCAUAUCGAUUGUAGACUUUCCGGGUUUUUCUCAGCAGCAAGCGACCGAUUCCAAGCUCGACCAGCUUCUCAACAAUGCCGCUACGGAAUCCCUGUACAACUUCACCCUUCAAAGUUUCUUCGAGGCCAGGGGGGAAAUGCUCGAUAGUGAAGAGGUCAGUGUGGCCCCAACCAGCUACUUCGACAACUCCGAUGCCGUCAAAGGCCUGCUCAAACACGGAAAUGGUCUCCUCAGCAUCCUAGACGACCAAACGAAGCGCAACAAGACCGACAUGCAGUUGCUGGAGAGUCUGCGAAAACGAUUCGAUGGCAAGAACCCUGCCAUCUCCGUCGGAAGCGCCACCGCAAAGCUUCCAGGCAGCAACUUUGCAACGCACAACGCAGCGGCGUCCUUUACCGUAAAGCACUUCGCCGGCGAGGUCGAGUAUCAGGUGUCUGGGUUGGUGGAGGAGAACGGGGAAGUGAUCUCGGGAGACUUGAUGAACCUGAUUGCCUCGACCAAGAGCGAGUUUGUCGGGCAAAUCUUUGGACAAGAAGCCUUGCAGACUAUGGUCCACCCUCAAGAACGGUCAACCAUUGUGCAGGCGCAAGUAAGCUCGAAACCUCUCCGAAAGCCAAGUGUGAUGGGGAAGAAGGGGGAUAGGCCAUCCAGAUUCUCUGCUCGAGACACCGGCAAGGUAUCGCCGUUCGACGAAUCGGUCGAAGAGAUGGGACUGGUCGACGACGACGCAAAGAGCCGCCGGGGCCGGAACAUCGACCAAGGGGCUGCCGCUCAGUUCCUGUCCUCGCUCGAUAACGUGACCAAGUCUCUCAGUGCGCCAAAUACAAACCCAUACUUUGUAUUCUGUCUCAAGCCGAACGACCGUCGUAUCGCAAACCAAUUCGACAGCAAAUGCGUCCGCACACAGAUCCAGACCUUUGGCAUCGCCGAGAUCAGCCAACGUCUCCGCAACGCAGAUUUCAGUCUCUUCCUCCCCUUUGGCGAGUUUCUGGGUCUUGCCGACGCAGAAACGAUCCUGGUCGGAAGCGAGCGUGAAAAGGCUCAGAUGGUAGUGGAUGAGAAGCGGUGGGCAGCCAACGAGGCAAGCAUAGGAUUUACCGGGGUUUUCUUGAGUGAACGGUGCUGGUCAGAAAUCGCCAAACUCGCCGAGCGUGGAUACGUCCCCGGGCGCUAUCCGACAAACUCGGAAAGCGGGGAGGAUGUGCUCUCGCCUGGCGAUGGUGGUUCCUAUGGAGCAUCCAAAGAGCGGCUCCUUGGUCCCCCUUCAGGCCUCAGCCCCGGCUACGGUGACAAGAAAUCAGGUUACUUCGGCAGCAAUGACAUCGAUACCCGUUCCGAGGCCGGUGCCUCUGCUCUCGGAGGCGGCGACAUGUUUCGGAAUCUGGAUACCAGAGAGCAAAUGGCCGAGAAGGGCAACGAGAAGGCGAUGGUCGAAGUGGAAGAGGUCCAGACCAGUGUAAUCCGUAAGAGGUGGAUGUUCCUCGUCUACCUGAUGACAUGGAUGCUUCCUGACUUCCUGAUCCGGGUGGUUGGGCGGAUGCCUCGCAAAGAUGUCCGAAUCGCAUGGAGAGAAAAGCUUGCCAUCAACAUGAUGAUUUGGCUGAGUUGCGGCUUUGUCGCCUUCAUGAUCGUCGUAUUUCCCUUCCUCAUUUGCCCGAAACAAUACGUCUUCAGUGCUGCUGAAUUGACGCGCCACAACGGCAAAAAUGACGAUGCCUACGUCUCCAUCCGAGGGCAGGUAUUCAACCUGAAAGCGUUUGCGCCAUCCCACUACCCAUUCAUCAUCCCGCAAAAGGCCAUCUUGAAUUACGCCGGCCUCGAUGCUACCUCUCUUUUCCCGGUACAGGUCUCAGCUCUAUGUCAAGGAGUCAAGGGAACUGUUGAUCCUUCUAUCACGCUUGACUACUCGAGCACCAAUGUCACUGGCUCGGCAUCCGUCAUUGCGGCGACCGAUCUCAACUGGCAGUACCACGACUUUCGAUCAUGGACCAACGACAGCCGUCCUGAUUGGUUCUUCGAGCAGAUGUUGAUGCUCAGAUCCAAUUACAAAGAAGGCACCAUUGGGUACACGGCCCAGUAUGUGAAGACGUUGGCCUCCAAAUCGAACUCCAUUGCAAUCCUCAACGGCCGAGUCUAUGACUUUACCAAGUACAUCCAGGGAGGCCGCAAAGUGCUUGUCAAGCCGGGCGAAGAGACCCCUACUGAUAUCAGUACUGACUUUAUGAACCCUCUCGUCGUGGAGCUGUUCCAACAGAGAGCCGGCAGUGAUGUCACCGACCUCUGGAAUGCAUUAGCUAUUGAUGCGGGUAUGCGCUCUCGAAUGUCGAUCUGCCUGGACAACCUCUUUUACGUUGGCGACGUCGAUACGAGAAACUCGGUCAGGUGCCAAUUCGCCACCUACCUAAUCUUGGCCGUGUCUAUUGUCCUGCUCGCCGUCAUUGGAUUCAAAUUCGCCGCAGCUCUACAAUUCGGGUCGAAAAAUGUCCCUGAGAAUCUCGACAAGUUUGUCAUCUGCCAGGUGCCUGUUUAUACCGAAGACGAGGAAUCCCUCCGCCGUGCCAUUGACUCUGCUGCAAGAAUGAAGUACGAUGAUAAGCGCAAACUUCUCGUUGUCAUCUGUGACGGAAUGAUCAUUGGACAAGGAAACGAGAAGCCGACUCCGCGUAUCGUACUCGACAUUCUCGGUGUUGCCGAGACCGUCGACCCCGAACCCUUGAGCUUCGAGUCUCUGGGUGAGGGCCUGAAGCAACACAACAUGGGCAAAAUCUACUCCGGUCUGUACGAAGUCCAGGGCCACAUCGUGCCCUUCCUGGUCGUCGUCAAGAUUGGUAAGCCCUCCGAGGUCUCACGCCCGGGUAACAGAGGUAAGCGUGAUUCUCAGAUGGUCUUGAUGAGAUUUUUGAACAGAGUCCACUACAACACCGCGAUGAGUCCCAUGGAGCUCGAAAUGUAUCACCAAAUCCGGAAUAUCAUCGGUGUCAACCCAACGUUCUACGAGUACUUAUUGACCAUCGACGCCGAUACCGUCGUGGCUGCGGAUUCGGUAACUCGAUUCGUCUCGGCGUUUAUUGACGACACGAGACUAAUCGGCUGCUGUGGAGAGACCGCGUUAUCCAACCCGAGAUCCUCCUUCGUCACCAUGAUUCAGGUUUACGAGUAUUACAUUUCGCAUAAUCUUUCCAAGGCUUUCGAGAGUUUGUUUGGCAGUGUUACCUGCUUGCCUGGAUGUUUUACCAUGGUCCGGAUCCGAGCCGCCGAAUCUGGCAAGCCGCUGUUUGUCAGUCGCGAUGUUGUCGAGUCAUACGCCGAGAUUCGGGUCGAUACUCUUCACAUGAAGAAUUUGCUUCAUUUGGGUGAGGAUCGUUACUUGACAACACUCUUACUCAAGCAUCAUCCCAAGUAUAAAACUAAGUACAUCCGCAACGCGCAUGCGUGGACUGUGGCACCCGACUCCUGGAGCGUUUUCCUCUCUCAACGUCGUCGGUGGAUCAACUCCACGGUGCACAACCUCGCUGAGCUCAUCCCUAUGUCUCAACUCUGUGGCUUCUGCUGCUUCAGUAUGCGCUUUAUCGUUUUCAUCGACUUGCUCUCGACCCUGGUCCAACCUAUCACCCUGGUCUAUAUAGUAUAUUUGAUCAUCACACUUAUCAUCAACCCGGGCACCGUACCGACCAUCGCUUUCAUCCUGCUCGCCGUCAUCUACGGUCUGCAAGCCAUCAUCUUCAUUCUGCAUCGCAAGUGGGAAAUGAUCGGGUGGAUGAUACUCUACAUUCUCGCCAUCCCGGUCUUCUCCUUCGGUCUUCCCUUGUACAGUUUCUGGCACAUGGACGAUUUCUCCUGGGGCAACACUCGUGUUGUGACAGGGGAGAAGGGUCGUAAGAUCGUCAUCACCGAUGAGGGCAAAUUCGACCCCGACUCCAUCCCACAUAAGAAGUGGGAGGAGUACCAAGCCGAGCUCUGGGAAGCCCAGACCAUGAAAGACGAUCGCUCCGAAGUCUCAGGCUACUCCUAUGGCACCAAGCACCCCGUCGCGACUUCCGAGUACAACUACGCUUCGCGCCCUAUGUCGCGAGCCGAAGUCUACUCGCCUUACGAAGCCAAGCACGCUCACAUGUCCGGCUCCCGCAUGUCUCUCGCGCCUUCUGACGCCAUGGGACUGGAGCAUCGCCAGAGCCAAUGGGGUGGUUCUCAGUACCUUGGCCAGCAAGAACACGAGUUGGCGAAUCUCGCCGGCCUGCCAAGUGACGAUGCGAUCUUGGCUGAGAUCAGAGAGAUUCUGAAGACGGCCGAUUUGAUGACUGUCACGAAGAAGAGCAUCAAGGUGGAGCUUGAGAGAAGGUUUGGCGUGCAGCUUGAUGCUCGAAGAGCAUAUAUUAACUCUGCGACGGAGGCCUUGCUCUCUGGCCAGCUAUGA